AUGAUCCUUCUUGUUCGUAGAUCCAAUCCGAUGUACGAUCCUCGAGAAUCUUCUUUAACGAAGUCAUAUAAGAAUUGUAGAGCUUGCGACUAUGCAUUCCCUAACUCUGGCAUUAUUCCUACCGUUUUCUUCUGCCUUCCUCCAGAAUGCUAUUUGUCCACAGUGUUCGAGUUCCCAAUAUGGAAUGGGAUCGUACAGCGGAAGGAAAAAAACCUUUCCAGUCCGAAUCCAUUGGCGUAUUUUAAUGGCCCGACGGAUUUUGGCAAUCAACUUGGCAAAGCUAUCGCUGCAAGGAUCAAUACUGAUAGCUAUUCGUCAAACUCUCCAUCCAAGCUGACUUUCGGCUCGUAUCCAAUGUCCAGCUAUAGCUCACAAGGUUACGGCGGUACCACUGACUAUGGAACCCAGACGUACGUGGUCCAACCUGAUGUUUAUCAACAACAGGGAAUGACACAAGGUGGAUACGGUACUCAAGGGUAUGGAAACCAACAACUAGGAUACACGUUCAACAGUUUCCCCAACAACAAUUAUAAUCAAUACGGUGGACAAACUGCCGUUAUGCCUAAUAACUACAACUAUGGAAAUUAUGGAAAUAUGGCGACCAGUUAUGGGAACGUGAAUGGAUUUGGAAAUUAUGCGACCGCCGGAUACGGUAUCCCAGAUCCGAUCACCACGGGAGGAGUGCCGAACUCUGGUGCCAGCUGUCCUUACUGUUUCGGCAAUAAGGGCGGAUACAAAGCGAAAAAGGCGAAGAGGGAAUCGACUAAGAAGGAUUGA